AUGUCAUCACGAAGAUCUCUUGCCUCAGCACUCACAGCCAUAGCUAUGGCUGCAAACUUCAAGCUUCUCCUCUGCUUGUUCUCUCUCUUCCCCAUUUUCACUCCAAUCUCCACCAAUCAGUACCACCCACUAAACCCUCUCACUCCAGCAGAGAUCAAUCAAGUUCGAACCAUAGUCAAACAGGCCCAACCCAGCUCACUCCACAAUCUAACCUUCCAGUACGUAGGCUUAGACGAACCAGACAAGUCAAUAAUCUUAUCAUGGUUAUCAAAUCAACCCACAAAAAACCCACCUCGCAGAGCCUUUGUUAUUGCACGUUCUGAUCUUAAAACUCAUGAAAUCAUCGUUGACUUGUCGACUAAUUCGAUUAUUUCUGAUAAAAUCUACCAUGGCGAUGGCUAUCCUCUACUCACCUUUGAAGAACAGACAGCUGCUAAUAAAUUGCCGCUAACGUACGCACCAUUUAUAGCGUCAAUUAGCAAGAGGGGGCUUAAGGUUGAAGAAGUAGUGUGUGGGAGUUUCACUGUGGGGUGGUAUGGAGAGAAGAAGAGGACUAAGAGGAUCAUUAAAGUUAUGUGCUAUUACUUGGAUGGGACUGUGAAUUUGUACAUGAGACCUAUUGAGGCAGUGACUGUGACCGUUGAUCUUGAUCAGAUGAAGAUCAUUGGGUUUCUUGAUAGACUGACGGUUGUGGUGCCAAAAGCCGAUGGGACUGAUUACAGACGAUCGGAGCAGAUGCCGCCGUACGGGCCACAAUUGAAGGGGAUACGAGUAGUUCAACCAGAAGGACCAAGUUUCACCAUAGAUGGACAUACAGUGAGGUGGGCUGAUUGGAUUUUUCAUCUAGCUUUCGACAUGAGAGCAGGUUCAAUUAUAUCUUUAGCAUCAAUCUAUGAUGUUGACAAGGGUGAAUAUCGUCGUGUGUUGUAUAAAGGGUUUGUAUCAGAGCUCUUUGUGCCAUACAUGGACCUGACUGAAGAAUGGUAUUAUAGGACCUUUUUUGAUGCUGGUGAAUAUGGGUUCGGUCUAUGUGCAGUGCCACUUGAACCAUUAAAGGAUUGUCCAGAAAAUGCAGUGUUCAUGGAUGGUUACUUCACAGGACAAGAUGGGACACCAGGAAAGACAUCAAACGUUUUCUGUGUUUUUGAACGCUAUGCAGGAGACGUUAUGUGGCGCCAUACUGAAGGUGGAAUUCCAGGGAAAGUGAUAAGAAAGGUUAGACCAGAAGUGAGCUUAGUGGCGAGGAUGGUGUCUACUGUGGGCAACUAUGACUACAUUGUUGAUUGGGAAUUUAAUCAAUGUGGCACCAUCAAAGUCACGGUUGGGCUGACUGGUCUGCUUGAAGUGAGGGGAUCAAACUACACCCACAAAGAUCAGAUACAAGAGGAAGUCUAUGGCACAUUGUUAGCAGAGAACACUUUGGGUGCAUACCAUGAUCACUUCCUCAACUUCCACCUUGACCUGGACAUUGAUGGUGACGCCAAUUCUUUUGUCAUGACUAACUUGCAAAUGACCCGCGUGACUGAUAACAGAUCACCAAGGAAGAGUUAUUGGACUGUUGUGAGUGAAACUGCUAAAACCGAGUCUGAUGCGAAGAUUAAGCUAAGCUCAAAAGCAUUUGAGUUGUUAGUGGUGAAUCCUAGCAAGAAGACCAAGGUGGGGAACCAUGUUGGCUACCGUUUGAUCCCUGGGUCUGUCGCGGGUCCCCUCAUGAUGGACAACGAUUAUCCACAAAUCCGUGGGGCCUUUACCAAGUACAAUGUGUGGGUAACACCAUAUAGCAAGUCAGAAAAAUGGGCAGGAGGAUUGAAUACUGAUCAGAGCCAAGGAGAUGACAAUUUAGCAGUGUGGAGCCUCAGGAAUAGGAAAAUAGAAAACAAGGACAUUGUGUUGUGGUACACAUUAGGUUUUCAUCAUGUACCUUACCAAGAAGAUUUUCCGGUCAUGCCCACGGUGAGUGCGGGUUUUGAGCUCCGGCCAGCUAAUUUUUUUGAGUAUAAUCCCGUGCUCAAGGACAGACCUGCCAAAGUUGUGAGGUAGCCUAAUUGCUCCACAUCAAUGACUGGCGUGAUGUAAUAAUUUGUUAUUGAUGAAUGCUAAAG